AUUGAUAGGCAGCAGUUUGAAGAGACUGUUCGAACACUGAAUAACCUCUAUGCAGAAGCUGAAAAACUUGGGGGCCAAUCUUACCUUGAAGGGUGUCUUGCCUGUCUGACUGCCUAUACCAUCUUCUUGUGCAUGGAAACACAUUACGAAAAGGUUCUAAAGAAAAUUGCCAAGUUCAUUCAGGAACAGAAUGAGAAGAUCUAUGCUCCUCAGGGCCUCCUUCUGACAGACCCCAUUGAAAGAGGACUAAGAGUUAUUGAAAUUACCAUUUAUGAAGACAGAGGUAUGACCAGUGGAAGAUAAAACUGUGGAGUGUCAUCAGAUAGCUCAACAGUGGACUUGCUGUAUCAAAGUUCCCCUACCUCCUACUUUAGAGCAUCAUUCCUUUCUCUGCUGCCAGAUCCACAGUGCCAUCUACUACAAGGACUAACUUCCUAAAAUUGCUCCACAUGGGGUGACCUAGCUGGUCAGCAUCCAUUUUGUGGCAAACUUUAAAGCAAUGAGAUAACUUUUUAGUUUUGGGGGGGGGGGUUGUUGCUUUUUUUCCUCUCAAGAAAAAGCAGAAGUGGUAAAGCUACAUACUCUUCUGAAAGAAAUGGGGCACUUAGCCCAACAGAAGUCUAGUUUUAGUCACAUAAGUGCAGUGCUGCUCCUCCCUAGUUCUUAAACCCUUCUACAUCAAUCGGGCUUUGGAAAGCU